ACGCAAUGUCAUCCUUCUGCACGACUUCCUCUGCAACAACACGAUUGAAUUAACGCCGUCCUUGACGAGCCAAUUUGCGCCUACGUCUUGCCCCGAUUUUUUGCCAGUGAGAUGUCGGAAGAAAAUAGUAGCCAAUCGCCUCAAGAAUACCGCUGCAAAUGCCACUGCGGGGAAGUAAGAUUUACCAUAACAUUGUCUUCGCACCUAGCAGACUACACAGUCAUGCAAUGUAACUGUUCCAUCUGCACUGUCCAUGGCUAUCUCUUGGUUUACCCGAAUCGCUCCGAUGUUGUCUUCCAUGGAGAUUCGAAGAACCACGUGAACAAGUACCAGUUCCACACCAAGAAGAAAGAUCACUGGUUCUGCCGCCACUGUGGCACGAGCUUGUUGAUUGAUUUUAACGGAAUAUAUGAGAAUUACGAUGUAAUGGCGGUCAAUGCUCGGACGAUUGAAGAUGUCGACAUUAGUACCUUGAAGCUUGAAUACGGGAAUGGAAAAGAGCUUUGAUUAGUUCACUUCGGCUCAUUUGGUCGCUUCAGCUCAUUUGGUUGGUGGAAACGAGUGUGUAUUCAGUGUAAACCCAGUCAAUCAACAUCAUACCCCCCAGUUUCUUAUCCCCCUUCCCAUCGUCGGACCCAUAUGCCAUAUCCCCCAAAGGUAAGAUUUCCUCCACCGAUAGUCAUAUCUCAUCACAGUUCCGUUCAGAUCGUAAGCCUUAGAUAGUAAACCAAUAGUUAAGGCAUCUCCAGCCUUCAAGAUGGUGGACUGUACAUCAAGAUAAGGAUUCAGUUAGAAACCUUCUGAGGAGCGGCCUCGCGGUUGGAGACCUUCUGGGCCUCGCGGUUAGAGACCUUCUGGGGAGCAGCCUCGCGGUUAGAGACCUUCUGAGGAGCAGCC